AGAACACUGCUUGGAUUCUGGGAGAAAACAGCUCAAAUGAUGUUCCACAUCCAUGAGGCCUGCAUUGACUUUCAACCAUAUAAUUUUGUAGCUCUCAAGCGAUUACAAGACACUCCAAGCAAGCUUACUGGAGACCACAAAGAAGAACAAAUAGAAGACAAUUUUCUUACUGAAAACCUCAAUAAGCUAGUUUUGUCCAAUGAGGAAGAAACUUUCAUGAGUAAACCAGAUCACACGGAAAAACAUUUUCAAAUGAAAGAAUUUGGAGCAUCUCAGUUUUCUAACUCUGAAAAUGUGGCAAAAGAGCUACCUGUGUAUUCAUUGGAAGGAGAAGACUUUGAGAAGGAAUUCCCAUUUCUGAACAACCUCCUGAGUUCUGGUUCUUCAAGUGCUAGUGAAUUUGCCCAAGAAUGUCAGACCACCUUUGGGAGCCCCAAUGCCAGUCUCUUGUCCCAGGAGGCUUCCAUGGGGUCUGAGCCUCUUGCUCAUUCCUCUCGAUUCCUUCCUUCUCAGCUCUUCGACCUUGGCCUUCACGCUCCUGGAGCUUUCAACAGCUGGGUAUCCCAAGGGGAAUCAAAACUUCCUCUUUCACACAUUGACAACCAGCCAGUGCCUUCACAGAGUCCAAAGACAUUAGCAAGAUCCCCGAACAACAGUAACCAAGACAUGUCAGCUUGGUUCAGUCUAUUUGCAGACUUGGAUCCACUUUCAAACCCAGAUGCUAUUGGACACUCAGAUGAUGAACUUCUUAAUGCCUGACUGGAAUUAUAGUGUCACUUCAGUGGCCUUGAAACAUCACUUUUGUAGCAUAUUGCCUUUGCAACCUACAAAAAAGCAGGGUGUUUGUGAAUAUAACAUCUACCAGCCAACUUUAGACAGAUGAUAAUGGCUACACUUGAGCAGAUUAAGUAUAUCUAAUAUCUUGGCUUUGCACCUGCUGAUACUAUUCGGAAAAUAUUAGAAACUAAUGAAUCUGCUAUAUUUAGACACCAACAUUUAUGUCAAAAUAACAGCUAGGAAUAAAUCUUCCAAUAAGGAGUUGGGCUUACUUCUAUGGAAAGCCUUUAAGUUACCUUGCUGGUUGUGAGAAUUCUGUAUGUGGUAAAGGCCAGCAUGUAAAUUGUUUCAUAGCUUGGGUUGUUCUUUAAAAUAAAACAGUAGUGGGAGAUUUUCUGUUGUGGAAAAUAGCCUUAGAAUCUGACCAGCUUGUGUGUUUAGAAAGGUAGAAUAACAUUUGGAAACUCAAUUAGCUUUAAUGAAAUCACAGAGAAACUUGGCACUUGUUUUUCUUCAUUUUAAGGCUAAAAUAUAAUGAUCAUUCAUACAAUAUCA